AUUAAAAAACUUCACGAUCAAUUGAUAAUAACAAAUCCCAACUACAAUGAAUUGCCAAAAAUGGCCUCUUUUUUAAACCAAGUAUUUGGAAUUAGCACUUUUUGUCUGGCCUAUCAAUUAAAAAACGAUUUAGAAGAACUUUACAAUUUUGUUGAGAAAAUUAAUGAUUAUUACCAGGUUAAUUUCGCUACUUUUAAAUUUGAUAUUAGAAGGAGUGAUAAAACUUUUUCAAAAAAUUCCUUAACCUUACAAAAAGAAUUAGGGGGGAUUGUGGCUAGAAAACAGAGCCUAAAAAAAAUGAAAGGGUUAGGGGGACUGCCAGUUGGCUGUUCUGGCAAAGUUCUAUUGCUUUUAAGUGGGGGGAUAGAUUCUCCAGUGGCCGCUUACCAAUUAAUGAAAAGGGGCUUAAAAGUUGCUUAUUGUCAUUUUUACCAUCAAAAGGAGGGGCAAAAAAAAAUCCUUGCUCUAGCAGAAAAGUUAAGUCCUUAUAAUAAUUAUACUCAAGACAUUUAUUUAAUUGAUGUCCAACCCCUUUUCACCGAAAUUAGUCAUAUCAGCCAAGACAAAUACCGCCUAAUCAUUUUGAAAAGAAUGUUCAUUCGUCUGGCUUGUUCCUUGGCCCAGGAAUUAAAAAUUGACCGUGAA